UGUAUCCUUGGCUCUCUUGCGUCAGCAUCAUCACGGCAUGCAGACAAGAGAAGAGGACCCUUCGGCAGAUCACAGCGGAGGAGGAGCAGCUAAAGCUCUCCGGGGGACGGAUCGGAAUUACUAGCAAUGGCGGAAGCAAGAACCAUCGGGUCUCUCCCGGUGGCCAACGUGCAGGAGCUCGCGGAGGCUUGCAAUAACGGGGUUGAUGGCAAGGUGCCCGAGAGGUACCUCAGCAAGGACCCCAGCGCCGAGGAGGUCGUCGCCGGCGACGACAGCGCUCGCGCGAUCCCGGUCAUCGAUCUCCGCAGGUUGCUCGACGCGCGGUCAUCGGAGGAGGAGUGCGCCAAGCUGGCAUCUGCAUGCCACGACUGGGGCUUCUUCCAGCUCAUCAACCAUGGCGUUCCGGAUGAGGUGAUCCGGAACCUGAUGAGCGACGUGGCCGGGUUCUUCGAGCAGCCGCUGGAAGCCAAGAAGGAAUGCUCGCAGCAAGCUGACAGCCUCGAAGGCUACGGCCAGGCCUUCGUCGUGUCCGACGACCAGAAGCUGGACUGGGCGGACAUGCUCUACCUCCAGGUCCAUCCAAGCGAGUCCAGGGACAUGCGGUUCUGGCCGACACGCCCGGAUUCCUUCAGGCAUUCAGUAGACGUGUACUCCUCGGAGGCCAGGCAGCUGGCGUACCGCCUGCUGGAGUUCAUGGCCAAGGGCGUCGGCGCCGAUCCCGCGUCGCUGCGAGGCGUGUUCGAGGGGCAGGCCCAGGGCAUGAGGGUGAACUACUACCCGCCGUGCCGGCCGGCGGCGGACCGGGUGGUGGGCCUGCCGCCGCACACCGACCCGAACGGCCUGACGCUGCUGCUGCAGAUGAGCCACGGCGACGUGCAGGGACUGCAGGUCAAGAAGGACGGCAGGUGGUUCGCCGUGCGAGCCCUCGACGGCGCCUUCGUCGUCAACGUCGCCGACGCGCUGGAGAUCGUGAGCAAUGGAUUGUUUAGAAGCGUCGAGCACAGGGCCGUGAUACACCCGACCAGAGAGCGUAUCUCGGUGGCGCUGUUCCACUACCCGUACCAGGACCGGAUGCUCUGCCCUCUGCCGGAGCUGGUGAAGAAAGGCGGCGGAGCGCGGUACGGGCCGACGAGCUACCGGGAUUUCUUGACGCAGUACUUCACGGCGCAGCUCGAUGGGAGGAAGCACCUGGAGAGACUGAAGCUAGACUGCUAGAGCAGUAGCUACUACUAGAUUGAAAAAAAUAUUUGGUUCCAGUGUUUUUUAUAUGGACGAGGGUUGUUGUUAUCCAUUGCAUUUCUUCUUCUUCCUCCU